CAAGCUUGUGCAUGGGCGCCUGAGGCUGCAGCCUGGUCCUGCAAUGCGAUCGCUAGGCGCUGCUUGGCAUGGCGCUCGCAGACCUCGCGCAGGCCAGCCACCAUGGCGCCGUCCAAUUCUCGGUUCCGGACCCCAUUCUGAGAGCAGGCGUUGUCAGCAGCCCUGGGUUAUCAGCAAUGCGGAAUCUCAUGCUGAGGCGGGCCCUCGGCGCUGCAGCAGCUUUUGAAAAGCACUUCACAAACCAAAGACCAGCGUCAAAGGCAAGCACGUUAAGUUCAGUCCAGAGGCCCUUUGCUGGUUCAUCCUCCCCCACCUAUUUGCCCAAUUCUGCAAUUCCAACUCUGGCUCUGAGUUCAUCCGAUGGCAAUUUGACAGGUGCUCUGAGGACGGCAGAUGCAAGGCCUUCCUUUGCGGGCCAUCAUCCACUGUCAUCUGCCUCUCCAACCGGUCCGGCCUGGUCCUCAAGGGCGGUGGCGCAAAGUCGAAGCACCAAAAGCGGCCAAUAUAAUGCAGUUGGUAAUGGUGCGGCAAAAGUGGAGACAGCUGGCGACGAGGGUGGCACUAAGUCCGGCGUGCCUUCGAGUGCUAGUAACGGCAGACCAAUUGACACCGCUCCUGUGGGAAAUGAAGAACCAACGUCCUUCAGCUUGGACCAGAAUGGACACAGCACUGUGUCGAAGAACGGCGCUCCUGAUUCGGUUCCAGCGGCGCUGCGAUCUGAUGGCGGGCCCUUAGGCAAGCAGGUGAAAAGGCGGGAGUUUUCAUCUCAGGCUGUUCCGGUUGAGGAGGAAGGUGCCUCCAACGGCACAGAGUCUGCGCAGAAUGGAAACCCAACUCGAUACGACAAGGACGCCCAAGAGAGGAGAGCGCGGGCCCAGGCCAAACAGGCGCAGAGCACCUUUUUAAAGCCCCCUCCACGUCGCCCUACCACCGGGAAAAGUGCAACGCCACAGAAGACGACCUUUAAGGCCCCUUCAAAGUCCUCCAAGGGGCAAUCUGGUGGCAGUGAGGUGCUACUUAGAUCCGUUGCGGCCAAUGAGCUUCGUACAGAGGAUCUGGUUCCGCCAUUUGCCGCGCGUUCAGAGGACAACAGCGAUCUGGCGGUCUCCUCAAAUGGCCGGGCUGGAGAAGCGUUGGAAAGUUUCUUGGCAGAGACGGGGAACCCAGGCAAUGGCUUCGUUAGCGACCUACGAAGUGGGUCGGCAGACUCUCUUCCCAAGACUGAUAUUGCCAGCUCUGAGGAGAUGUUUUCUACAAACGGCGCCGCAGUGUCGGGAAGCGGCCCCGUCGCGGGGGUGCUCACUAGCAGUUCGGCAAACCCCCCAGAGCUCAAUGGCCGCACUCUUCCCCCCCUGGCCAUCGUCGAAGGGAAAGUCCCAAAACCCAGGGGCCGCCCUUCUAAAGCAACCCAAGCCCCUGCAACGCAAACCCAGCCUCCCAUUCUCGACAAUCUGUCGGAAGCGCCCACCGUACAACCAGCUCCCAACAGCGGUGUAGCAAAAGCCGUGCCCUUGCCCGUGUUUUCCAACACGGUGCAGCCGGUUUCGAGGCGGGUUGUAAACGGGGCUGUGGGGAAGCAGCCGGACACAGUGCGGGGGGCGCCGAUGCGGGACCUCCUGGAAGAGAACGGCAUCAUCCUGCCGGACUACUCAAUUGGGGAGUACCGCAUCCUGUGCCCAAUGUGCAAGGGCGGCGACUCCAAGGAGCUGUCUCUGGGCGUGACCAUCAAGAGCGGCGACAACGCGGUGUGGCACUGCUUCCGCGGCAAGUGCGGUUGGGCCUCUUCCGUCAAGUCCCGCUACCCCGCACGCUCGACCUCUCAGUUCGGGGGUUCCUACAGCCCCAGCACCAAGUCCCGCGAAACGGCUCUACAAAAAAAGCGCUUCCCCGCGACAAAGCUCCCGCGGCCCGAAGACUUUUCGGAGCUCGACGAGGAACAGCUUGCGUUCUUCAAGAACCGGAAGAUUAGCGAGGGGACGUUUAUAAGGAACGGGGUGAAGAAGGAACGGACGUAUAGUCCGCAGCUGCAAAAGGAGGCGGACGCGCUCGCGUUUCCAUACGUGCGCAGGGGCGAGCUCGUAAACGUCAAGUAUCGCGGGCCGGAGAAGGCCUUCUGGCAGGUCAAGGGCGCAGAGAAGGUGUUUUACGGCCUGGACGACAUUGCUGACAGCAAGACGGUGAUCAUCGUGGAGGGCGAGAUGGACAAGCUGGCCAUGGAGGAGGCCGGCUACCUCAACUGCGUCAGCGUGCCAGACGGCGCCCCCGCGAAAGCAUCCGACCCCGGGACCCCCCUCCCGGCUCCCGAAGCGGACCGCAAGUACGAGUACCUGUGGAACUGCCGCGAGUACCUUGACAAGGCCUCCAAGUUCGUGCUGGCCACCGACUCCGACGAGCCGGGGCAAGCGCUCGCGGAAGAGCUCGCGCGGCGGCUCGGGCGCGAGAAGUGCUGGCGGGUCAAGUGGCCGAUGACGGCAGCGGGGCAGCCGGUGAAGGACGCGAACGAGGCGCUGAUGCGCAUGGGCAAGGCCGGCGUGCGCGAGGCGGUGGAGGGCGCGGAGGCGUUCCCGAUCCGGGGGCUGUUCAAGUUUGAGUCGUUCUUCGAGGAGAUUGACGACUACUAUCACCUGCAGCUGGGGGACGAGCGUGGCGUGUCCACCGGUUGGUCCGGCCUGGACGAGCUGUACCGCAUCGUCCCGGGGGAGCUGUCGGUGGUGACCGGCGUGCCCAACAGCGGCAAGUCGGAGUGGCUCGACGCGCUGCUCUGCAACCUGGUGGGACAGCGCGGCUGGACCUUCGCGCUCUGCUCCAUGGAGAACAAGGUUCGAGAUCACGCCCGCAAGCUGAUUGAAAAGUUCGUGGGCGCCCCUUUCUUCGAUGCCCCUUACGGCGAGCAGCGGCCGCGAGUUUCGCAAGAGCAACUAGAGGCGGGCAAGGCCUGGAUCAACGACCACUUCCACGUCAUCAGGUGCGAGGACGACGAGCUCCCGUCCAUCGAGUGGGUGCUGGGGCUGGCGCGCGCGGCGGUGCUGCGGCACGGCAUCCGCGGCCUUGUGAUCGACCCGUACAACGAGCUGGACCACCAGCGGCCGGCGCGGCAGACCGAGACGGAGUACGUCAGCCAGAUGCUCACCAAGAUCAAGCGCUUCGCGCAGCACCACGACUGCCACGUCUGGUUCGUCGCGCACCCCAAGCAGCUGCAGCAGUGGCGCGGCGAGGCCCCCGGCCUGUACGACAUCAGCGGCAGCGCGCACUUCGUGAACAAGACGGACAACGGCAUCGUGGUGCACCGCAACCGCGACCCCGAGGCGGGCCCGCUGGACGAGGUCAAGAUUCUGGUGCGGAAAGUGCGCAACAAGGCAGCCGGGACCAUCGGGGAGGCGUCCCUGCGCUACGACCGGGUUACUGGACGAUAUGAGGACGUCUUCUUUUAAAGAAAUCAGACUAGUAAGGGCAUCAGGAGGAUGUACAGUCGUCGUACAGCUUAGUCGUUCGGAUAUACAGGAUCAGUCAACCUAGGCAUAGGUUCCUAGGCUUGGUUAGCAUGAAGCUGGAGCUCUAAAGCACGCAGUAGAUCACUUAGUACUUUGACUGCCAUUGCAGCCCCAGCUCUUCAUGUUACGACGAGGCAGACAGCUCUUCCUUGUACGACGAGAUAGACAGUCAAGAUAAGUUGAAAAUAAGCGACUUUAGUUGUUGUUAGAGUUGUUGUAGUACCAUGCCGCACAUGUUCCAGCCAGCUCCUGCCUUUUGUCAUCCCCCGUAACUGGUGUUGCAUGGCGGAGCUUUCCAGCCUGAG